AUGGGUGUGCCUAGCGUAAAGGAACCAUUUGUGGACCAUUACGCGGUACUCGAUGUGGACAGCCAUUCCACAUACUCUGAAAUACGACAAAAAUAUCUAAGGCUGGUCCUUCAAUAUCAUCCCGAUCGUAAUGCUGGGCAUGAAGAAUUGGUGCUGGAAAAAUUUCAAAAAAUCCAACGCGCACAUGACGUGCUCAAAGAUUCACGUUCAAGAGCGGCUUUUGAUCGUGAACGAUUGUUACACAUAUUUGGGGUAGGACCUUCAUCACAGACGAGUUACUCAGCUCGGGAUUCACCAUGUUCGAGUUCGACGCCGUUACGCAAACACAGGAAUAAUCUUCAUCCUGAGGUCGUUCCUACAUCAAAAUUAAGUCCUGAAGUGAGGCGACAGCUCUUUCGUUCGAAAGAUACUUCAGAUGAAAAAAGCAAAAGCAACACUGUACCACCCCAUCGCUCUUCGGCUAAACAAGACUCACGGUAUUUCUCCAACUUACACUCGUUUUUCCGUCGAAACCCUACCGAGUUCUUUGAGGAACAGCCUAGUGAAAAUGGUGAACACACAGAGGAUUAUAUCAAAAAUGCAUUUUCGUCAAAGACGGACUCGUUAUUGUUUUCGAGCAUGGAAGCGAAGGCCUAUUUGGAGACGUUACGGAAGAAAAGAACUUCUCAGCGGACGCCAGAAGUAUCAAAAACAGAGAAAAUACAUGCGAAUACUGUAUAUCAAAAAGCGAAAAGUUAUGAAUCAAGAUCAGCACCUACUUCACGCAACACGACACCAUUAACGAAAACACAUCCCUAUUCUUUAGACCAAUCUGACCAUUUAUCGCCAGACCUGGCUUCUUCACCAAGCAUGAAGGCAGCAAUGCAUUUGCCAACGGGUUUACAUGAUGUCGAACUUUCAUUCGAAGACUCUAAGCAAGACGUGUCAGCUAUGGCCUCCGAGCUUGAGCCUCCUGCGGUGCCGAUAGCUACCGCACCCAUUCCGCCUGUGUGCCCGUCCAAUCUUUCGGAUUCUGUACAAGUAGCAGCUUACUUGAAUGAAUUCCGGCGGUACCAGGCGGCUUGGAACCGAUAUGCAGAAACAUGUACGGCUUACAUGAUUGCUUGGCAAACUUAUAAAAAUAAGUGCUUCUCGUUAGACGUGUCAGAUGUGUCUGGACACGCACAAUUCAUAGAAGCAUGGACAAAAGGUUCUCGGUUGAUACAAGUGUUUUCUGCUUAUGAGUGUGUUCACUUUGAAGCAUUACAAGAUCUCAUUCGUGUGCAGACCAAAAGCAAAAUUAAUGAACCUAAGCUUAUGCCUCCUUGA